AGAGAGAGAGAGAGAGAGAGGGAGGGUGUGUGUGUAUGUGUGUGAGGGAGAGAGAGAGACAGAAAGCAUCCAGUCACCAGGAUAGGUUCCACCAUCAUCACACACAGUAAGGUACAAGAGCCACCCGGAGACUAUCUUCCUCUUAACGAAAUGGAUGGGACAAAGCCGGCCAUGGAGUCCAACGCGGAGGAGACUCAGGACGAGGGACAGGAGAGCAAAGGAUGCUUCGAGUGCUGCAUCAAGUGUCUUGGCGGGGUGCCCUACGCCUCGCUUGUGGCCACUAUCCUCUGCUUCUCAGGCGUGGCCCUGUUCUGCGGCUGCGGCCACGUGGCGCUGACCGGCACCCUGACCAUGCUGGAGAACCAUUUCUCCAGGGUCACCACCGACCACGACACCCUCACCCUGGUGAUCCAAAUCUUUCAGUACAUCAUCUACGGCAUCGCCUCCUUCUUCUUCGUCUACGCCAUCAUCCUGCUGGCCGAAGGAUUUUACACCACCAGUGCAAUCAAGAAGGAGCUGCAGAGCGACUUCAAGACCACCGCCUGUGGACGCUGCAUCACCGCCUUCUUCAUGUUCCUGACCUACAUCCUCGUGCUGGCCUUCCUCGCCAUCUUCGGCUUCACGGCGAUCCCCGUGUUCCUCUUCUUCAACAUGUGGACCACUUGUGCCGCCAUGAAGUCCCCUGACGCCAACAUCACCUCGCCCGACUCCAUCUGUGUGGACGUCAGGCAGUAUGGUAUUAUUCCCUGGAAUGCCACACCGGGAAAAGCUUGUGGAGCCACACUGGGAGACAUCUGUAACACAAGCGAGUUCUACCUUUCCUACCACCUCUACAUCGUUGCUUUAGCCGGUGCCGGAGCCACUGUUAUCGCAUUGAUCCACUACCUGAUGAUUCUGGCGGCCAACUGGGCCUACCUGAAGAGCGCCGUGUCCACACACGAGUACCAGGACAUCAAGACCAAGGAUGACCAGGAUCUGGAGGCCGAGGCGCGUUCCAAGGAGGGCCAGAACUCCUCCUCCUACUCAUAAGGACAAGAAAUCCUCCUCCGCUGCCGCCCAUCUCCCCCCACCACACCUCAACCCUCACCCCACGACACCACCACCCCUCCCUCUGUUAAAACAACCCACCUCCGUCAUGUUUAAUAGUCCCCCCAGCCUAAUGAUUGUCCAUCCUCUUCCCUUCCAUGGUGUUAAUUAAGAGAUGUGGGAGUGUUCCCCACACCCGAGGGAAAGAGAAUAGAGGAUGAGGAGAAUUGUCAGGCCCAGAUGGAGGCAGAUGUUUCCGAACGGGGAAGAGCUCGCCCGCCGGGUUCGGGCUCAGGUACAGUACAUCAGUUACAUCAGUUCAGAAGCGUCUCCUCCUAUCGUGCUUUUGGGGCAGCGGCUCGUGAACAUGGCCCGGCUGUGAUGGCCUUGCGCCCUGAGCCAGCACAGCCUCUCGACCAAGCUCUUACAGCCUAAAAAAAAAACAUUGCUCACUGCCAGCUUCAGCCACAGAGAAGCCAGGCAGCGAUCAACUUCCUCCAUUUUUUUUGGGUGUUUUAUAUGCAUAUAUAUAUGAAUAUGAAUAUAUUGUGCGAAUGUGUAUGAAUGUUGUUGUUUUUUUUAAUACUCUGAAAAGUAUGCCAGGUACUACUAUGAUCUGUUUUUUUCUUCUUUCUUUUUUUUUGCGCUCAUAGGUUUUUUUUCUCCCUUACUUUGCUUCUCCAUCUUUAACUUUUUAUUGCCAAUGCUCAAUACAUGUUGCACUAUUUAAGAAACAAAAAAUGACGAGAGAGAAACUUCCUUCAUAAUAAGACAAAAUUUGAAGGAAUAGUUUUGGAAAAUAUGCUUAGACUUUCUUGUUCUGAUUAUGCUUUGGGUUUUUGAGUGUAAUAUAAACCUUCUCAACCCGGAUCAAAAUCCUGACAAGAAAACAAAAUCCAAAAAAUGUCAGACUUUUUCUUUUGAGACCUUUGCGGAUUUUGCUAAACUCCUCACCAGCGGCGGCAAAAAUACAAAUUAAAUCUGUCCCGAGUCUUUUAAUGUAUACACACACACACACACACACACACACACACACACACACACAUACACACACACACACACACCUCAGGUAUCAAACCAAAUCAGAUUUUAGCCAGUUGUUUUCUUUUCGAACGUUACAGCAUCAAAACACUUAACCUUACUGGAUUGGUACGCUGUCCUGUGUGAAUACACUAAUUCCUAUCUGCAAAUUUUCUAAAAUUUCUCCUUUUGUGAUUGACGUUCACCUGUAAAUAACCAAGUCACUCAAAAAGAUCUCGAUUUACCCUUCUCUCCCAAAACGGUGGAGAACACAAUCAGUGUUUUACCAUGCUCUUCUACUAUUAUUAUUAUUAUUUUCUCCACAAAUAUAUGUAAAUGUACCCUUUGAGAUAUGUGUUUAGCACUCAAAUACUAGUUCUGCAUUUGAUAUAAUAAUUGUAAUGUAACAUCUUAAAUGAUAUGUUGUGAGAGGGAUACAGUGCAGUCAUGGUAUGAUAUGAUGGAUUGAGGUGCUUGUGACGUAUACAUUUUAAAAUGAGGGGGAAAAAAGUUAAUUGAUUUUUAUUUAUUUGAUCAGUUUUAGGCAGCUGAGUUCUUCUUGUGAUUCUGUAACAAUAAUUUUCUGGAAGUUGUAUGUGCUUAUUUUUCGAUGGCCAACCAAUGAGUGACUCAACAUGUGAGUUGAGGAAAUAUGUCACUUUUUUUUUUUUUUUUUACUUUUACUUUAAUUUUAAUGUCAUGCUUUCUCAUAUGAGCAAGAGAGACUGUUUUCGGAUGUUUACACUCUAAAUAACACAAGUCAGGAAUUUUCAUACAUUGAUUUUAUAAUCAGAUAUUGUUUGAUAAUCAUAAACUAUAUUUCCAAAUUGAUCAUCAAUGGUUAGCUCACCCUUAAAAAAAUUUUUUUUGAACGUUGAUGAGAUGAAGCAUGUCAGUAUUGUCCCUGUGUGCAGCUGUCUAUUCUGUAUAAAAAACGGACUAUAUUGCCAUGUGUGUUAUGUUUGAUAAAUAUACGUGCUUCGCCGCCAGGUUGAUGUAAAGGCAAACUUCAAUUUCCAAUAAGACGAUGCGUGUCAGGGUGUUGUUGUUUCCUUGUUGUUUGCAUGAAGGAGACAUGACUGUGUCUUUGCAGUUUUUCAGGUGAUGUGUAGUCAAAUGUACGGACAACUAUGGUAGGCGGUGUUUGCCCCCCCCCCCCUCCUCCACGACCCCCGUCCCCCUUUUCCACCCACUCUUUUCUAAAGAAAACUCCAUUGUACUUUGAUGGCAUCGUAGUCCCUGUAGGUGUUUCAUUAUGGUUUUAUUUUUAAGUUGGAAGUAGUUCUAUGACUCCAUAUAGUGAUGAUUUUUGUAACCUUCUCUAGUAAAACCGAUAUUUUUUAUUAUCGUGA